CUAAUGUUAGUUCCCUUUGGGUCCAGCAUGUUUACAGACUUCUGCCGACACCUCAGUGAGCUUCGGAAGGUCACACACUUUUUCAGGAAUGUCUCGAAAGUCUUGGAUUGAGGAAAACUUCUUCAAGAGAGAGUGUAUGAAGUUUAUCCCUUCCUCACGGGACCUUCACAGAUGUAUUCCAGUAUGUCAAGUAUGCCAAAACUUGAUCAGAUGUUGCUGUGGCCGCCUAAUAGGGGAGCACUCUUGGCAAGAGUCAUCUCCUCCCAUAUCCCUCUGUCCUGGUCCUGGACAGGACAUAGAAGAUAACUGGUCCACAGAACUCCACACCAAAGCCAGUCCCACCAAUGCCUAUGGGAUUGUAGACUUUGAAGAUACUGCCACACGUGUCUGUCGGGGGAAGUACAUUCGAGUGGCUGUGGACUCGAAGGCAGAGGCUUUGCUCCAGCUGAUGCUGAGGGAGUGGCAGAUGGAGAGACCCAAGCUGCUGCUGACUGUCCAAGGAGGCUCAGAAAACUUCCCCCUGCCCCCUAAAGUCAAGCAGGCUUUCAGCAAAGGGCUGAUCACUGCCGCCCUCAGCACGGGGGCAUGGAUACUCACUGAUGGCAUUAAUUCGGGUGUGUCUAAGCAUGUGGGUGAGGCAGUGAAAACAUUCGGGGGCCAUGAUCUGAGGAAGAGAAACACAGUCGGCAUCACGCCGUGGGGCGUGAUUGACAACAACAUGGACCUUAUAGGCAGAGAUGUUUUUAGACCCUACCAGCCACUGGGGAACCCUUUGAGCAAGAGGGCCUGUCUCAACGGUUUCCACUCCCACUUUCUGUUGGUGGAUGACGGAACGCUGGGAAAACAUGGCUGCCAGCAAGGCCUCAGGAGGAAGCUAGAGAAACAAAUUCAGCUACAGAAGAUACACCCGCGACUGAACCAAGGCGUGCCUGUGGUGUGUGUGGUAGUGGAAGGAGGCCCUGCCAUUGUGUCCACAGUAUUGGACUAUGUAAGCAGUGUACCCCCUGUGCCGGUGUUUGUGUUCGAGGGCUCGGGCAGGGCUGCUGACCUGCUCGCCUUCUUACACAAGCAGACUGCUGCUAACAGGCAGUUGGAUGCAGACAUUAAGGAGGACUUCCUCGUAAGGAUUGGAGAUGUGCUUAGGGUGGACAGUGCAGAAGCCUUUCACCUAUACAAUCUCUUCCUGAAGUGUAUGGAUAACAGACAGUCUAUAACCAUCUUUGACUCUGAGUCAGAGGACCAGGUGCCACCUGAUGCAGCCAUUUUGACAGCGACACUUAAGGGCACCAAGGCCAGCCCUGCAGAGCAGCUGAGUAUGGCUCUUGCCUGGGACCGGGCUGACAUAGCACAGAAAGACGUCCUGGUGUAUGGACAGCACUGGCAGGUGGGUUCUCUGGAACAAGCCAUGCUUGAUGCUCUGGUGAUGGACCGCGUCAGUUUUGUCAAACUGUUGAUUGACAACGGUAUGACUAUGAGUCGCUUCCUCACUGUGGAUCGCCUCGAGGAGCUCUACAACAUGAGUCCACAGGGGCCGACCGAUCGUUUCCUGCAGCUCCUUGUUGAAGAUGCAAAACAGAGUUCUCUUCCCAUAGGUUACCGUCUUUCUCUCAUUGACAUGGGCCUGGUGAUAGAGUAUCUCAUAGGAGGAGCGUACCGCAGCUCUUACACACGGAAACACUUCAGAGCUGCUUACGGCCGCCUGCACGCUAAAGAAAGAAGACGGAACAGUUCCAGCUCCCUGUCUAAACAGAGACGGGGAUUAACGCCAAACUCUUCAAAGGGCAGGAGUCUCCAGGACCUUCAUUUCUUUAGAACCGCGCAGCCUUACAAAUGCAAGGACCCAGACGUGUCACCCGGCAGCAGUCGAGAAAUCACGUUAAGCCCUGGCCUCGAUGAUGCUCCACUGCUGGUUCCCUUCAACUUCAACGACCUCUUUGUGUGGGCUGUGCUUCAACAGCGGCAGCAGAUGGCACUGUUCCUGUGGCAACACGGCGAGGAAGCUCUGGCACGCGCCACAGUAGCCUGCAAGCUUUACCGCUCCAUGGCCUUCGAGGCACGGCAGAGUAGCUUGGACGACAACAUCACUGAGCGAUUCAAGGCAUAUUCGAUUGAGUUUGGUCAGCUAGCCGUGGAUGUGUUGGACUGUGCAUUUCGUCAGAACGAGCAGAUGGCCAUGAAGCUGUUGACUUCAGAGAUGGAGGCAUGGAGCCACUUCACCUGUCUGCAGAUGGCUGUCUCCUCAUGUCACAGACCAUUCGUCUCUCACUCCUGCACACAGACCCUCCUCACAGAUCUGUGGACUGGUCCACUCAACAUGAGGAAAAACUCCUUUCUGAAGAUCAUUUUGAGCCUUCUUCUGCCCCCUGCUGUUAUCCUACUGGAGUUUAAAAGCAAGGCUGCGAUGUGCCAUGUACCACAGUCCCAUGAGGCAAUGCUGUUUGGACUUGACACUGUGAAGUCAGUACCAGCCCAUGAGGGAACUGAUCACAUGGGCAGUCGGGAUGCAGAGCGAGGCCUGUCUUUCCAUGGCAAAUGUCUCAGCCCUGUGUCAGAAACUGUGUCCUCUGUGACCAUGCAUUGUCUUUCCUGGAUCACAAGACUCUAUGAAUUCUAUACAGCUCCUGUUGUCAAGUUCUGGUUUCACACAGUUUUCUAUUUGGUCUUCCUGAUGUUAUUCUCCUUCGUUGUCCUGGUGAAGAUGGAGGACAAGCCCAGUGUUCAGGAGUGGUUGGUCAUAGCGUACAUCUUGUCCACCGCAGUGGAGAAAAUCCGAGAGGUACUAAUGUCAGAGCCGAGGAAGUUGAGCCACAAGCUGAAGAUUUGGUUCUCAGAGUACUGGAACAAGUCAGACUUCAUUGCCAUCCUGCUCUUCUUGGCUGGACUGACGUUGCGCUGGCAUGCUGGUUCCUACCUGACUGCAGGACGCAUUGCUUACUGUCUGGACAUCAUCUUCUGGUUCAUCAGGGUGACAGAUCUGCUGGCUGUCAAUCAGCAUGCUGGUCCUUACCUCACCAUGAUCACUAAGAUGACCAGCAACAUGUUCUUCAUUGUGGUGAUGAUGGCAAUAGUGCUGCUGAGCUUCGGGGUGUCCAGAAAGGCCAUCCUGUCCCCAGAUGAGGAGCCGUCCUGGAAUCUCGCUCGAGAUAUAGUCUUCCAGCCAUACUGGAUGAUCUAUGGAGAGGUCUACGCAACAGAAAUAGAUCCUUGUGACGAUGGUAAUCCAUGUGCUCCUGCUUCAUUUCUUGCGCCGUUCCUCCAAGCUGUCUAUAUGUUCUUCCAGUAUAUCAUCAUGGUCAACAUUCUCAUUGCAUUUUUUAACAACAUUUACUUUGACAUGGCAUCGACAUCCAAUAAACUGUGGAAGUACAACCGUUAUCGUUACAUAAUGACCUAUCAGGAUAGGCCAUGGCUGCCUCCACCCCUUAUCAUCCUCAGUCACUUGACCCUGGGUUUGAGGGCCAUCUACAAGAGAUUUAGUGGAGAUGCAGAGCGGGAGGAGAGAGGCUCUGGACUUAAGCUCUCCUUGGGCCCUGAUGAUGGUAAGAAGCUCCAUGAGUUUGAGGAGAAAUGUGUACAGGCCUACUUCCAUGAGAAGAGUGAAGGUCUCCACAGCAGUCAAAUUAAUCGGAUCAGAGCAACAGCUGAGAGAGCAGAGGAGAUGUGCGUGAUAAUGGGGGAGGUCUCAGAGAAGGUGAACUUCAUUCAGGACAGCCUCUCAGAGUUGGACAGUCAGCUGGGUCAACUCCAGGAUCUUUCAGCCCUGGCCAUGGACACUCUUACCCUGCUCUCUGCUUCAGACAGCCUUCAUCAGGAGGAGGCACGCCUGGCACAGUGUGGAUCCAUUACAGCUUCCCAGCACAUCCUUCCACACAGCUGGACCCUCCGGCACAGAGGCGGAGCAGACUAUGAUGUACUUAACAUGCGACGGCCGAUGGCCAAGUCAUGUAAAAGUACCCCUCCUUCUUUGUUGAAGGGCUUUACUCUCGGGGAGAGUAGACGGACAUCACAAGAGUGCCAUGUCGAAGCCAGGGGGAGCAGGGGGGGGGAACAAGAGCACGCUGAGGACGGAGAGGGAGGAGAAAAGGAGGAUUCACAGUCUGAUAUUGUUGGCCUUCCCAGCGAGAGCUUGCUGGGAGUUUCUCGGCCAGCGUCCCAUACUGCCUUCUCUCACAGUUAUGGAGUUCAUCUCGGUGGUCUCAGGGAUCAGACACCUUGUGAGUCCUGUGGACCAUCCUGCUGUGGGUCUCCUCUUUCUUCCAGAGGCUUGGAGUCACCAUAUCACAAAUUAUGGACAUGUGACCCAUACCUGUAUCCCAAUCAAGAGGAGACUUCCAUGGAAGAGGAGGAAGAGGAAGAAGAAGAUGAGGAAGAAGAAGAAGAAGAGCAGGAGAGGGAAAAGACACAGGAACAGCUGUCUAACAUGACAAUAUCCCGAGCCUCUAGCAAUGCAGUCCUUCUGUCUGACCCUCGAGACAUUUCUGAGGGUUUGGUCAAUCCAGCCUUUUCUCAGGACAAUUGUCAGCUGAGUUGUCAUUCCAGAUCCUCCAACCUCUGGGGAAGACAUGUGAAAAACUCCAGGUGGGCCUGUCUGUCCAGGGACCCUCCCUAUGGCUACUGCAGGUCACUGUCAUCCAGCAUGGAGAAUGUGACUCUCUCUGGCACACCGCUGAGUCCAAUGAAGGGAUCAUUUCCCUCUCUCGAUGAAACAAUGAAAAAAGAAAGUUUGUCUGGUGGGAGGAGCUUAAGGGAUGACACAUCGCUACAGUGCAGCAGAAGCAGAGAAUGGUCCAAGUCCUCUGACUUCACUCAGGUCUUGGACAGCAGAGGCAAAACCCAGAACAGGAAGACAGUGAAGAUACAAGAGAACAGCCCAGAUACUGUGACUGUGCAUCCCCACUUGUCAGAUGCCUGCUGGAGAAGGCGACGGUGGAUGAGAGGAGAACCUACAUGUUGGUCGGCUUCAACUAGCCUCAGUCAGCUCAAUUUUGAACCCAUGGAUUUGUUGCAGAAACAAGUGUUUUCCCAUCAGGAUGUGAGGAACCCCACUCAUUCAGCAUGGAACAGCUGGGCCAGAUCCAUGAGCCACAGGUCUUCUUUACAGAGUGGCAUUGCCCCUGAAGUCAAAAGCUCAUCAUUCCAGUCCACUGAUAAUUUGUAUCCACACUAUUCAGCCAUGGAGAGAAACAAUCUGAUGAGACUGGCUCACACCAUCCCCUUCACUCCUGUUUCCAUUUUAGGAGGUGAAGAGGUGAGCAUCUACUCUCUGGAGGAAGUGCCCUCUGAUUCUGACCCUGAUUCCAGCAUGGUCUCCUCUUGGUCCUCCCGAGGACUAUCUGCGAUGCUGCAGCCCCUCUUCAGUGAGGAGGGCUCUCUGGAUGGGGGACUCCGGAAGGGCUGCAGGGUUUUGUGUACCUGGGCAGAAGGGGACGUGCUCAGACCUGGUCUGGUAUAUGUAGUCAAAGCCUUCAGGUCAGAGGUAGUUCGUGCCUGGCAGAGGUAUUUCCAUGGCAGCACAGCUCUGCAGCUUUGUUUAAGAGAGAUCCAGCAGCAAAGAGCAGCCCAGAAGAUGAUGCAAGUGUUCAACCAGGUCAAACCUGAUGAUAUGCACCACUCACCGAGAUUUCUUGAUGUAUCACUGGUCCUCUGGCAUUCGAAUGGCCAGUGGCUGACCAUUGAGAGAAACAUGUCCGGUGACUUCAGGAAGUACAACAACAACACAGGAGAAGAGAUCACCCCCUGCUGUUCCCUGGAAGAAAUGCUGCUGGCAUUCUCACACUGGACGUACGAAUACUCAAGCAAAGAGCUGCUGGUGCUUGAUAUACAAGGAGUAGGAGACGCGCUUACUGAUCCCACUGUCAUUAUGGCAGAAAACCAAAGUGGUAAUAGGGGUGAGAUGCUUUUUGGACCUGAUAACCUUGGAGAUGCAGCCAUGAAAGCUUUCCUGCAGAAACAUUCUUGCAGCAUCAGUUGUCAAAGACUUGGCCUAACAGAUUUAAGGAAGCGUCUGGACAGCUGCGAGAACAGCAGCGAGGCAGAGUCAACGUUGGGGAAAGAAGAACAAGAGGACGAUGAAAGCAGCAUGUAACCUUUGACCCAGGAAGUAGGGAAAAAACCACACAAUUUUAUCAACACAAAUAUCAAAACGUGUUUGUCUGAGCACACAGUCACACAUAUGUUCUCAGAAAACACUGCGAUGAUGUCGUGCAUCACACCUUAUUCCUUUACAGUGGAAACAGUGUGAUUGAAGAGUGAGAUCUCAUUAGCAGUCUGUGAUUGGACAUUACUUUGUUAUUUGCACUAAGGAUGCUAAUAUAUUCUUUCAAUACAUAAAGUAAAUGUAAAUGUUGUUUUUUAUUCUUAUAAAAAUGGAUGUUUAUGCUUUGCCAUGAAUCAUAUAUGGAAAUAGAGAUUUAUUUUAUAAGAUUUGACAAAGGGCUAAUUUAAAUUUGUUUGUACUUUGCUCUGUAAAUAUUGAGAUAUAAAGACAGCGAAAGUUA